AAACACGUUCUACGGCACCUUUAAACAAAUAAGAAACAACAGAGUGUCUUUAAAAACCCUCUUGUGUGCGGAACUACUUUCUUCCGCCACAAUUUCAAAUCUCAAGUUGAAAGUUUAAAAGUUGAGCCCAAGCCUCUGUUACUAAUUUGAAAAUGCUACAUUAGAACUAGCCAUGAAGGAGAAAGAGAGAGCGUGUGAUUACCUACAUCUGGUAUAGCUUUCAUUCUCUAGGUCAAGUCAUAAAUUCAUAAAAAAUAAUAAAUCAGUUUGCCGUGUCCAUGUGUGCCGAUAUUUUUGUUGUAGAAUCCUUUUAAUGGUUAAGGGAAUUUCCAACGCUAUCUCACCACCAAUCUGUACGUAUUUUACGAGGUGGCUAAUUCGUACGAAUUUGAAUGACCUCACUCGUACAAAUUCAUAUGAUUUGUCUAAACCCCAGGGACGGGUAGGUUUAGAGACAGGGUUAGGGGUAGUUCAUUCAUAGGAAUCCAUACAAAUUUGGCAACUCGUAAAAUACGUACAAUAUAGCAAAAAAUUUACAAAUUCGUACGGGUGAGGUUGAACUGUACGAAUACAUACAAAUUGCUGUGAGAGCUCUAUGAAGUGCAGCAUCAGAUUCAGUGUUACUUGUCAAUUUAGCCUCGUAAAGUGGUGUGCAAAGUUCAAAUUUAAUGAACAAUAAUAGCUAGGGAUGCACCGAUUAAUAUUAAUAAAACAACAAAAGAUGAUAAAUAAAUGUAUACAUGGUAAAUAAACCUACUGUAUCUGAAAAACAAGUUUAUUUAAUUUGUAUCUCUAGGUGUAUGACGUAGCGUUUUCAACUGCGAGAGGCCUUACACUUUCUUUGUAAGUUGAAUACGGAAGGUGGUCUGGUGGAAGCUAGAUAUUUUACUUUAUAACUUGUUAAAUAUGGAUAUUUUUCUUACACAGGCCUUUAUUAACCCCCCGGAGUCGUGUGUUGAGAACGUUUAUGAUGGAUGGAUGCACUUUCUUGAGCUUCAAACUCGUUGGCCCCAUUCAUUGCCAUUAUAAGGCUUGGACGCAUCAGGAUAUUUAUUAAUAUAAAGUAUUGAAAGUCAUAUACACCUAGGGGUGAGUAAAUAUUGGGUUAAUUUUCCUUUUAAAGUGAACUAAUCCUUUAAAACUACAUUGCGUGACACAACAACAGUAGUAUUUCAAAAAUCGUCACGGGUUUUCUCCUCCACCAUUGCCGUUCGCUGGGAGAAAUGCUCCAUCUAGAACGCGCAGAGACAAGCGGAGUGAUACAAACGGUGAACAGUCCCUGUGCUGAUACUGGUGGAAUAUCGCAUGGUGCUGAUCGCCUCUCAGCCAAUCAAAUUCGAGGACCAGAACUAACUGUUGUUAUAAAAAAACAUAUAAAACAUUUCAUAAAUGGUCUUGCUGAAUUAUGCUUUUUAUGUUACCGUAAAUGUCUAAUUUGCACUGUAUGUAAACAUCAUUAGGAUUUCAUGCUCUGUCAAACGUUUUCAUACUAAUUACUUUUGGCUAGAGUGUUGCUGCAACAGACAUCCGAUGGUUUCGCCAUAAUAAAAAUUCAUGUCUCCUUAAGAACAAAAUAUAAUACUAAGAGGUCACCAGCUUGACCUCAUAUGACUGUGACAAAGUCCAGCGCAUACAGAAACAUCCCUUUUUCCUGUCAAACAGCAGUGCUAAUUUCCUUUUCCUUGCAGUAGUGAUGGCGGCCUCCCUCUGUGUAUCAUCUGACACUGACACAGAUUCAAAAAUUGCAAAGCAAUUUAUGCAAAAUAAAUCUGAAAGUUAACGUAUCCCAGGGCAACACAAAUCCGGCUGUUUUUUUUAAAAGCAACUAAACAAAUAGGACUAAGGGCAUGAUUGAUUGACGAUGUUAAUAGAUUGUUAAAACUAGGUCAAAGUGCAUAUUAUAUGUGUCACAGUCACACUGCAUGCGUCAUCCUGCCUCAAUCAACGCUGCUUGCAUGCAUGUGAUGGUGGUGAUGAAUAAAUGAAAUGCACUUUCAAUCAAUCGGAUUACAUUUAAACUGUAUUGAUCACACCAAAUUAUCAAAUCCAGAUCUAUUGAUCCAGAUUAAGGUAAUUUUGCUAAAUAGAACAAUAUGCUCAUCCUUGCUAGUCCAGUCCCUUAUACACUGAUAUGCACUGCUCUAACGUAACAUUCAUGCAUCUCAAGUUGACAUGUCUUUGAAGUACAGUACGGAUUCCUAGGGGUGUGGCACUGCACUAGAGGAAAACAUGGAUUUCUUCAAAGAGCCUGAAAUGCCGGAUAUAUGGAUAUGACUUCCACACAGUCCAUGUAUUCCUUUAUGUGUGAUUACCUAAGACAAUAAUCCAUUUCAGGCUAUUAACUGUCGAGAAGACUGCCGUUAAAGACUUUAAAUAAAGUGCAAAUACCAUGUCUCUUUUUUUAAUACUGCUAUCUGAAAAACAGAUGUGUGUGUAACGCUAAAGCAAAUAUGAAUACAUUAUGUUGUAGGCAUGAAUGCAUUUUGGAUUGAGGAUUCAGUGCGUAAUCUUCUGAUAGCUUUCCUGGGAGAGCUGACAUAACAUAAUAACAUAAUGUUUGUUACAGUGUUUUUGCAAUCAAGCAACUAUUGGGCUCAUAUGACAGAUUAACAUAAUGAGAGGUAAAAUUAAUAUACAAAUUGCUACAUACAAAUUUACAGCUUUAUGAGACAUAUUUCACCAAGGAUAUUAAAUAAUAAUAAUAAAAAAAUUAUUAUUCCUAGGUUUUUGGCCCGAUCUGUACCAAAUUCACCAUAAAUGUAGUCUCAAGUGCCGAUGUCGAUUUUUGAAUUCAACAUGGCUGUCUGAAGCUGGUGAGAUAUGAAGGGUGUGGCCUAUAUUACUUAAAAAUAUAUAUAUACACGAAUUUUUGUCAUAUGCACAAGCCAUAAUAAAUACAUACCAUACCAUAGUACAUGCCAUAACUCUGAGGACACUGAGGUCAGCUGGCGGUGUUGUAAUAAUAAAAAAGCUUAAAUGGAUUUAUUUUUAAUAAAAACGGCUGCCAUAAGCCAAAUUAAUAAGGUUAUUAUUGUCAUUUCAUUUGUCCAGUUUGUUGUUGCCAUGAUUUAGAUCAGGGGUUUAGAGGAAGUUUAGAGAAAAACUGUAUUAAAAGUUGGAAGCCCAAAUAAAAAAUGCAUCCAUCCAUCAUAAAAAUAAUCCAUACGGGGUUAAUAAAGGCCUUCUAAAGUGAAGUGAUGUGUUUUUGUAAGAAAAAUAUCCAUAUUUAAAAUGCUAUUAACUAUAAUAACUAGCCUUCGGCAGACGGCCGUACGCAUCGGUUUGCGCAAAAGAGUAUGCAUGACGCAAUGACAAACGCGGAAGCGCAGUGGAUAGAGCAUAACAAAACACCGGUCACGUGUUAGAAGUCUAAAAUGAGAAUUUUUUAAGAGAAAUGUUGGAGGAUUUCGAUAUAAGAAAAGAGGAGCUUGAGUUUGUUGCAUAGCCAUAUUUGUUUAAAACGCGUGAGGCGACUAAGCUUACGAUACUCCUACAUCCUACGUCAUACAUCGCGACACGGGUUACUCUUGUGUGCCGCAAGUCGACUUGCGCAGUACGGUCGUCUACUAGAAGCUAUUUAGUUUAUAAAAUUUUAAAUAUGGAUAUUUUUCUUACAAAAACCCAUCACUUUGUUUCAGAGGGCCUUUAUUAACCCCCUGGAGCCGUAUGGAUUAUUUUUACGAUGGGUGAAUGCAUUUUUGGGGGCUUCAAAAUUGCGCCCCCCAUAAAGCCAGGAUAUUUUUUAAAUAUAUCUCCGAUUGUGUUCGUCUCAAAGAAGAUAGUUAUAUAUACACCUAGGAUGGCUUGAGGGUGAGUAAAUCUAUUCUAUUCUAAAUUCAGUCAAGGUUAUCGGUUCAAUAAGUAGCUGAGUUAUUGACUCGAGAGACGCUCGAACCGAUUCCUUCAGGCCAGUUUGCUGAGCCGGUUCAUUGAAAAGAUCCGAAUAAAAAACGAUUCGUUCACAUCGCUAGAUUUAAGUAAAUUGCAAACAGCUUACGCUGGCACCUUGCAUGUAAAUAGGCCAUCAUUUCCAAAGAAAUCUAUCCAUCAUCUGAGAGAGGGAAGCUACGCGACCCCGUUCCUCGAUGUCAAUACGCCGUAGGACUUCAUGCUACCUAAAAUCAACGCGACUAACUAAAACAUAUCCAGAAAAGUGCUGUUCUGUAUAAAAGGCCAAGAGCCCUUCACAUGUGUCACAAAGAGAAGCUGGUCUAACAGGAGAGAGUCUGAGCCUGCUGGUUAGAGACUCUUGGCAAUCACCCUGAAGACCUUGUUUAAUGCAGCGUAUAGAACAAGGACCUGUCUGAACAGACGCUCAAUUCCUCCACCGGAGAAUCAAGUACACAAGUGUUUCUAGCCUGAGUCCAAACUGACUUCCCAUGUGGGUGGUAGAUAAGAUCAGAGUGUCCGUCGAAAGGACCAACCUGCCAAUUCCCAUAACGGAAUACAGCUUCAAAAUCGGAGACAUCAUGUUUGGAGACAAGUCAUCCAUUGACAAAGCCAAGAGAGUCUUGCUGUGUCCAAACAUCAUUACCCCAGACACCAUCCCAGAGUUCUGCAUUCCCCCCAAGAUAUCAAGCCCAGUGGAGGGCAAGAGUAUUGAGCAGGGGAGGCCGACUCCAUGUAUCCGAGUGUCUCCAUGUGAGAAAGAAAGUCCAAAGAGAGAGGCCAAUAACCGAGAGCUACCCAAUAACCAUAUCAUCCAGGUGGAGAGUGUUGACGAUGGGCCAUAUGACAAUGGCUGUAGUGAUGAGGAAACCACCAAUGCUGAUCCUCAAAGCCAGGCUGCGCUUUCCCUGCCCCACUUGGCUAAAGCUCAAACCUGCUAUGGCUUUUGCACCUUGCUGGAAAGUCCCCACACCAGGAGAAAGGAGUCCCUCUUCCACAACGACCCUAACUCAAGUGGAAUCCCCUUGGUUCUUCCCCGGAGUAGAUCAAGCACUUGCUCCAAAUCUUCCAUGCCAUCUUCCCCCAUCUUGCCAUCUUCAAUCUCCCCUUCUUCCUUUAGCCUGAACACUCUUACUUCCAGACUUUCUCCAAAAGGCUUCACCCUGCACAGACAGGGAACUCUGGAUAGCGAUACUACCUCCUCGGCAGAAUCCUCCCCCUUCAGUUCUCCUCUAUUGAACAGAUGCCCACCAAAAUCUUCUCUCCUUAAAGCACUUAACCAUGAGAAAAUCCUCUACCGCAACCUCCGCAAGGCUGCCAUGUCCAGAAACAAUUCCUUAUCGACAGAUGAGGGCAGUUCCACGGACAACAGCCCCAACAUCAUGAGGAGAGCAUCCGACGGCCUUGUAGAACCUCUCCAGUGUGGUUUCGGCUUGGCACCUCCAGCUAUCUUCCCCAUGGACUUGGUUCUGCACCGGGAGAGGGUGAUGAAAGAGAAUUUGGUGCCUGUAGGAAGGGACGGGACCUUGCGACUGUCAGCAGAGUACUGCCCUGAAAACCAGAGACUUCGUGUCCGCCUCAUUAGUGCUGAAGGCCUGUAUGCUCUAUCAGUGGACCCUAAAAGCAUUAAUUGCAGUGUUAGCCUCUCUCUCAUGCCUGGAAAAAUCCAGAAGCAGCGCAGCACGGUCAUCAGGAAGAGCCGCAAUCCAAUCUUUAAUGAGGACUUUUUCUUUGAUGGUAUAUCAGAAGAUGAUCUCUGCCAGAGGUCGCUUCGAUUCAAAGUCGUAAACAAGAUGUCCACAAUGAAAAGAGACUAUAUUCUGGGCAACUGUGAUCUUCCUCUCUCAAGCAUUGUCACAUUAUAAAUUCGACUGAUCCAAAUUGCUUAAUUUAUUUUGUGUGAGUGUGUGCCUGUAUGUAUUUGUAUGUAUUUUAUUGUGUUAUUUAUUGCCAAAUCUGUUUAUCUGCCAAAGACUUCUUUUUUAUUAAACGGCAAAAACUGUA